AUGGGGCCCUCUAGGCUCAUCCGUGCCCCUCGGCCCCGGGGCCUGAUUUCCCCCUACCGCAGGCGAGGCAGGGGCCAGCGGCGGACCAAGAUCCCUAGGAUGUUCAAAUGCAGCCAUAGAAGGUACCGGCAGAAACCACAAGGCCCAGCUGCCACCAUGGCAGCCAGCAAUCUUGCCACCAUGGCUGCUGAUAGCAACACUAAUAUGGACACUGCUACCACCAGCGUGUGGAUCCUCCCUCCUCAAGUUCUCAGACACCUCUGUCAACCUGGGAACUUUCUGAUCCUCUAG